UCCUCCUCUCAGUGCAGCCCUCUCCUGUGACCGGACAGACGUGGGUGACACACACACACACACACCCACAAGAGGGCAGAGGGACAAGGGACAAGGGAGAGGCUUCCAGUAACCCUACUGCUGCUGCUGCUGCUACUGCUACUGCCAUCUCUUCAGCUACUCCUGCCUCAGCUGCAUACAGAGACUGCCUCAACGAUUCCAUCUUUGUAUGGUGACUUUGGGCAGGAUGUCCCCAUGGUGGCUGCUGACCCUGUUGUCCCUGGUCCCCUACACCCUGAGUACAAAUGCAGGAGUCAAGGUCAAACUCACACAGAAGGGCCUGGAGUAUGCUCGACUAGUUGGGAUGUCGAAGCUGCAGCAGAAGUUAAAGACCAUUAAGGUGCCCGACAUCAGUGGGACGGAGAAGGUGGCCCCCAUCGGCAAGGUCAAGUACAGCCUCACAGGAAUGCAGAUCACAAACCUCGGUCUUCCCAAGUCAACGCUGGGGAUGGUCCCGGGCACCGGCCUCAGUCUGGCCAUUUCAAAUGCCUUCAUUAGCCUUCACGGCAACUGGAGGGUCCGAUACUUACAUUUCAUAAAGGACCACGGCUCCUUCGACCUGUCAGUGACUGGGCUCACCAUUGGCACCAGCAUUGCCCUGAAGAGUGACGAGACGGGUCGCCCAGCGGUCAACAGCGUCACCUGUAGCUCCAGUGUUGGUAGCGCCAGCAUCAAGUUCCACGGCGGAGCAAGCUGGUUGUAUAACCUCUUCAGUGCCUACAUCGACAAGGCUCUACGCGCCGCCUUGCAGAAGCAGAUCUGCCCUCUAGUGUCGGAUGCCAUCUCAGACAUGAAUCCCCACCUCAAGACUCUGAAUGUUCUGGCGCAUGUGGACAAGUAUGCAGAAAUCGAGUAUUCAAUGGUUGCCUCUCCCAUUGUCUCAAAGGCCUAUGUGGACUUCAGCCUCAAGGGUGAGUUCUACAACAUCGGGCAGCACAAGGAGCCUCCGUUCUCUCCUCCGGUCUUCGGUCUGCCCCCGCAGAUCAACAGCAUGCUCUACAUCGGAGUCUCCGCCUUCACCGCCAACUCUGCAGCCUUCGUCUACAACAACGCUGGGGCCUUCAACAUCUUCAUCACAGAUGACAUGAUUCCCCCAAGUUCCCCAAUCAGGCUGAACACCAGGACAUUUGGAGCUUUCAUCCCACAGAUCCAGAAGCAGUACCCAGGCAUGAUGAUGAAGUUGCUGGUAAAGACGACCAAGCAGCCCAACAUCAGCUUCCAGCUCAACAACGUGACGCUGCAGGCCUCGGGCACAGUCACGGCCUACGCCAUCCUGCCCAACACCACCCUCUCACCCCUCUUCAUCCUCAACAUGGAAGCCAGUGUCAGCGCUCACAUCUUCGUGACCGGGUUGAAACUAGCUGGCUCCGUCACCCUCAACAGACUGGAUAUGGGACUGGGAGCCAGCUACGUUGGGCCUUUCCAGGUGAAAUCACUCGAUAACAUUUUCCUGAUGGUUCUGAAGGUCGCCGUUCUCCCCAAAAUCAAUGCUCAUCUGCAGCAAGGCUACCCGCUACCCACUAUUGGCAAGAUGAACCUGGUGAACACUCAACUGCAGGUCUUGAAGGAUUACAUGCUGAUUGGAACAGAUGUUCAGUUCAGAGGCUGAGUCAGGCCUUCUGCUCCACCCAUCAAGCUACUAGUCCAGUGGUUCUCCUAGUAGGGGCUCAGGGACCCCUGGGGGUCCGCAGAACAUUGCUGUGGAAAGGUUUGUUAUUAUGAAUGCAAUCAGGGCUGUAAAUGACCUUUUUUAAUUUUUUUUAUGUUUUUUUUCUUCCAGUCAAACUGAAAUUUCACCAGCAUUUGGCCGGUGUUAAUUUAGAGUCCUGAAUGCAAUACACAAAAAUGGUAGAGUGCGAUUUGGCAGAACUCUCAUAUUUCGCUGACAUUUGUGGUGCGAUUCAGAGGAUCUUUAAAAUUCUGCUCCAUUUGGGGUCCCUGGACAAAAAGAGUUUGAGAAACCCUGCACUAGUGCACCACCCAUCACCCCCCUGCCUAUCCCAACCUCCCAAUUCAGCAGUGUUAUCGAUGCCAUUAAUAACUGCCAAAGAGACUGAAUCAAGUCUGUGCACACCUCAGUGCUCUUUUUUAUAUAAAAGCAAACAUACACCUUUUUACUGUACAUUUCUUUGUUUUUGCUGUAGUAGGCUCCACGCCUUCAAUGUUGAAGAACUACAAUAAAUACAUUGGAGUUUUUAACCACUCCUACUCUAGAGUCUUCUUUUUUAAAAGUAGCAAUCAGCUCCUUGCCCCUCACGAUGACAGAAGAUGGCAGGGCUGGCCUGGGACCAAAACACGGCCCCUCAAAGCUCCAUAUACUUAGUCCUCAGUGGCUCAGUGCACUAUUAAGGACGCAUCGGUGGGCUGACCCAUUUAUACUGUAGGUCAGUCUCUAUGGAAAAACAAACAAACAAACAA